AUGCAAAGGGGAGGGGGAAUUAUCAAGAUAAUAUUUGUCUCCUAUCAGCCUACGGGUGGCACUACACGUCGAAGCCUCCUGUUUCUUCCCCCCGAACUCAGCUUUCGCAUCAUCGAAGAGUCUGAAGAGACUUCCAUCUGUCUAUCGAUGUACCAAAGAUUCCAUAUCACGAUAUCAUGGCCUUCGCCUAGAGGGACACUUGGAAAAGCAAGGAUGGCGCGGUUGGGGCUUGUCUCCAACUUCAAGGAAGAUGCAAUUCUCGUCACCCAUAUGAGGCGCCCUCACCGUUCAGAAGAGAGCGUCGAGCACCGAUUUGAAUUUGAAAAACUCAAUGAUCAGAUCAGGCGGGCCAGUGAUCUUUCCUCAAAGGAUAUUAGUCGCUACUAG